AUGGUCCGCCUCUCCGGUCUCGCCGCCUUCGCGGCGGCCACGCUCGCCUCGUGCGCCCAGGCGCAGGUCCAGGGGAACCUCGAGACGUGCCUCGAGACGGCCGGCCUCAUCACGUCGUUCCCCGAGACCAACGCCUCGUUCCCCAACGACGUCCGCUCGUGGCAGCGCCGCAUCACGCCGACCCCGGCCGGCGUCGCCUGGCCGCGCACGACGGAGGAGGUCGCCGCCGCCCUCGCUUGCGCCCGGGAGGCCAAGGUCCGCGUCGCCGCCCGCGACGGAGGCCACUGCUACGGCUCCUACAGCUUGCCCGAGGCCGGCCUCACCGUCAACAUGACGCACUUCCAGGAGGUCAGCUACGACGAGGCCUCCGGGCUGCUCACCUACGGCGGCGGCGGCCUCGUCAGCCCCGUCGUCAGCUGGCUCUGGAAGACGCACGGCGCCCGCUUCCCCCACGUCCGCGCCAACAUGGUCGGCCUCGUCGGCUCCUCCAUCGGCGGCGGCUUCGGCUCGCUGUCCCGCAUGCUCGGCACGCCGAUGGACUUCCUCGAGGGCGCCACCUAUAUGCUCUACAACGGCACCGUCGUCAAGACCUCGCGCACCGAGAACCCGGACCUCUUCUGGGCCCUCCAGGGCGCCGGCAGCUCCUACGGCAUCAUCCUGAGCCUCACCACCCGCACCUGGAAGCCCGAGCACCCGCAGGCCAUCAACUACACCAUCACCCUCACCGACAACUCCCUCGAAGCCGGCGCCGACGCGCUGCUCGCCAUCCAGGACCACUACCUCACCGGCCAGUGGCCCGACGAGCUGACGAUGCGCUGGUCCCUGACGGCGCCGCCCUACACCGGCUCCGGCUUCUACUGGGGCAACCCGGACGACUUUGACGACAUCCUCGCGCCCCUCGUCGCCAAGCUGCCGGCCGGCACGCGCCUCGACCGCACCGUCCAGGACUUCUGGGCCGUCGAGAACGUCGCCACGCCCUCCAUCGACAUCCCCGUCGACACGUUCCCGCCGCGCAGCUUCUACCUGCAGGCCCUCGUCCUCCGCGAGGACCAGCCCUUCACCAAGGCCUCGGCCACCGCCCUCUACAACUUCACCACCGUCGCCUUCAACCGUACCGACCUGACCAAGUUCGGCUUCAUCGACCUCUGGGGCGGCGAGCCCACCCGCACCCUGUCGGACGACGACACCUCCUUCGCCCACGCCAACAGCCUCUGGCUCAUCCGCUGGGAGGGCCGCCUCGCCGCCGGCCUGACCGAGUUCCCGGCCGACGGCAUCCAGUACAUGCAGGACGGCUUCGAGCCCUUCAAGAAGCAGCUCGCCGCCGAGGGCGUGCCCCUGCGCGGCUUCGUCAACUACCGCGACACCGCCCUGGCCGUCGACCAGUGGAGCGAGCGCCUCUACGGCAAGAACUACGCCAAGCUGCAGCAGCUCAAGACCGUCUACGACCCGGAGGGCAUCUUCACCGCCCACCCGCAGAGCAUCCCCCUGCCGGGCCAGCAGCCGCCCGCUGCCGUCAACUAA